GUUGAGGAGUCGCUGGGCUGCUGCGGGGAAAGAUGGAGGAGGUGGAGGCAGGAGGUGUUUAGGGAGCGGAGAGAUGCAGAUUAUGGCCGCGCGGGAGAAAAGGAACGAUAAACGGGUUUAAACACGGAUAUUUAAGGUCGUAUUCGUUGCAAGGGAGAAGUGCAAUGUCAAGCGAACGUUCGCCCGACCGCUGAAUGAAGAACUGGACGUACAGGACCUGAAGGAAAGCCUCCAGUACUCAGAGAAAGAUGGAAAUAGCUGCUCAUUCUCUGCUUCUGUUCUGCUGGACCCUGCUGGCCGUGCUGGCCGCCUCAGUGCCCGGCUGUGGGGCCGCAGGGCUCCGUGUCGCCCUCCUGCAUCCUGCCCGCCGACCCAGCCAGCAGGGGGCGCCGCGGAGACGCCGGGCGGCCAGGAGCGUGACCUUCGUGGACAUGAUCGACAACCUGCGCGGCAAGUCCGGCCAGGGGUACUACGUGGAGAUGGCUGUGGGCACGCCCCCUCAGAAGUUGAACAUCCUCGUGGAUACAGGUAGCAGUAAUUUCGCAGUAGGAGCUGCAGCACACCCAUUUCUACGCAGAUACUACCAUCGUUCCUUAUCCACAUCAUACAAAGACCUGGGCCGGAGUGUGUACGUGCCCUACACUCAGGGCCGCUGGGAAGGGGAGCUGGGGACAGAUCUGGUGUCAGUACCCCACGGCCCCAAUAUGUCACUGAGGGCCAACAUCGCAGCCAUCACCCAGUCAGAUCGCUUCUUCAUUAACGGCUCCAACUGGGAGGGCAUCCUGGGGCUAGCCUACGCUGAAAUCGCCAGGCCUGAUGAGACCCUGGAGCCCUUCUUUGACUCACUGGUGAGGCAGACCAAUGUGCCCAACCUCUUCUCCCUGCAGCUGUGUGGAGCCGGCUUCACCCAGAACUACAGCCUGGGCAGCGCCACUGUGGGCGGCAGCAUGAUCAUUGGAGGAGUUGAUCCUUCCCUUUAUGUUGGAGAGGUCUGGUACACACCAAUCCGCAGAGAGUGGUACUAUGAGGUCAUCAUUGUACGCAUUGAGGUCAAUGGACAAGAUCUCAAUAUGGACUGCAAAGAGUAUAAUUAUGAUAAAAGCAUAGUAGACAGCGGGACCACAAACCUGCGGCUUCCUCGCAAAGUGUUCCAGGCUGCUGUAAAGGCUAUUGAAGCAGCUUCUUCAACAGAGCAGUUUCCAUCUGGCUUUUGGCUGGGGGAGCAGUUGGUGUGCUGGCAGGCUGGCACCACCCCCUGGCACAUCUUCCCCGUCAUUUCUCUUUACCUGAUGAGUGAGAACCGCAACCAGUCCUUCCGCAUCUCCAUCCUGCCCCAGCAAUAUCUCAGGCCAGUAGAGGAUGUAGCCUCUGCGCAGGAAGACUGCUACAAGUUUGCUGUUUCUCAGUCCAGCACUGGAACCGUUAUGGGUGCUGUGAUUAUGGAGGGCUUUUAUGUUGUGUUUGACCGCGAGCGCAAACGCAUCGGCUUUGCUGUCAGCACUUGUCACGUUCACGACGAGUUCCGCACAGCCUCAGUGGAGGGUCCCUUCCAUGGCUUGGAGCUGGAGGACUGUGGCUACAACAUCCCUCAGACGGACGAGUCCACACUCAUGACUAUCGCCUAUAUUAUGGCCGGCAUCUGUGCCCUCUUCAUGUUGCCCCUGUGCCUGAUGGUGUGCCAGUGGCGCUUCGCCCGCUGUCUGCACCCGUUUGGCGCUGGUAACUUUGCCGAUGACAUUUCUCUCCUGAAGUGAAGUCAGCCACACAUGUAGAGAGGAAGCACACCCGUACUGCACGAGGCCUCCGUCUUGUUGACCACCGGUUGGACCGUCUCAGAGAGGAGUAACGAUGUCGGGUAGGGUGGGGGUGGUCGUGUAGGUCAGGGGGAGUGUAUAUAGUAUGUAUGUAUUUACACCAGAUGUCCUGUUGGACAGUCCUGAAGUGGGGAGAGUUUAUAAUCCUGUAUGUGAUGACGGUCCCGUCCCACUUAGCUAGUGUUGGGACUGAUGGCUUGAGGUUGUUUAAGUGUGUAAUGUUAACGUCUAUUGUAUGUGUGUGUAGAUAUGCGUGUAUUUAGACCUUUGAGGAUGAGUCGUCAUUUUGUAGUUGUGUGUUACGCAAUUUAUUUCUCUAUGGAAACUCUGAAUGGAGUUUUUGCACAUCUGUAUUUAUGCACCUGUUGCUUUCUAUGGGCAACUGACCUUCUAAAGAUGAUCAAUUUAUAAUGUAAUUAAAUUGUUCCUUUAUAUACAGUAUGGCAUAUAAUUUAACUUUAUGUUUGAGGGAAAUUAGUAAAUCAUGCUUUACACCCUAAAGGGGCAUCUUUUAGCCAAGUCAAAUGAAUAUAAAAAGUUAUGCAACAGGAUUUGUAUCUAUAUAAAUACAUAUAGUACAGAAAAAUGUUUUCAAUGUAUUGCUCAAUACACAAAAUAUAUUUUAAGCCAUUUUGGAGCAUGUCUCAUGAAAUUCUGACAAAAUAUCAAGAACAACUUCCAUAUUAAACAUAUCAAAAAGUGUAAAAAAAAAAAGCAAAACAUUAAAUCUAGGUUUUUGCAUGACAGCAGAAUGAUAUAUGCAAAUGAUGACAUGAAAGUUGUUUAAGAUUAAAACACUGCAGUAAAAUGUACUACUAUUAUCAACAUUCCAUACUAAAAUACAGAAUAGCACAUAUAAACAACUUGAGUAGAACUUUUUUAGAAUUUUAAAAUUUUAACAUGAAUACUAUAAUUUUUGUAGUAUUUGAUUUUAGUAAUAUGGUGAUGUGUUCCCUUUUUAGCUUUUAAUAAUAGCAUGCACUUGAGCUAAAAAGGAUUAUAUAUAUUUCAUAAUUUAUGCAUUCUUCCUCUGCAUUCUAUGUCUGGUGCAAUUUGACUUAUUUUGGGGGGGGGGGGGGCUGGAAAGAAUUCCACAAUUUUGACAAAAAAAACCUUUUUGUUUAAAGGUUUUUUGUCACACUUACUUCACAUAAAAAAUAUAUAUAUAUUUACCUUGAAAAAUCGUGCUAAAUUUGCUUUCUUUAGUUUAAACAAGAAAUAAUUAUAUAUAUAUAUAAUAAUUUCAUUUUCUCCCAAUUUGGUUAUCCAAUUGUCCCACACCUUUGUGCGCCCCCAUCACCGGUGGUACCUGGUGGAGCUGCUGCUUAUUAAUCAUUGCCUGAGCAGCUAGCGUGCUCAGAGAACAGCGCAGCAGCUAGGUUCCGAUUCAUCCGCUCACAGACGCCACCUUAAGCGUGAUGGUGAGAGAGCGCCAUCUACCCACCCGGAGGGAGCAAGGCCAGUUGUGCUCCCUCUGAACACCGGCAGCUGAUGGCAAAGCUGCAUGAGCAGGGGGGUUCAAACCUGCGACCUCCUGCUCAUAGUGGCAGCGCUUUAGACCGCUGACCACUCGGCGCCCCAGAAAUAAUUAAUUUUAAUUUUGCCUCAGACUUAUAGUAUUCAGCCCUACUGUAAGUAGGAUUUUAUUAUUUUUUUAUUAUUAUUUUAUUUUUUAUUUUAUUAUCACACAGCUCUUUGCCAGAAACAACAUGAUUUUUUCCAUAGAAAAUAAAUGCAAAGACCUGUAGUUCCUAAUAUAGUCAUGAAACCGACUACAAAAUGACGAUGAACCUCAAAGGCGUGCGUGUGCGACUGAGAGCUGCUCUCUCACGAUGUCAUAUCCUUUACUAAUAACGUCACCUCGAGAUAUAAAGACUACGUGUAAAGCCAACACUUCUUUUAAUUCCUGACUAUUUGUGAUUUACAACAAUACCAGCCUCUGGAAAGGAGUUCACCUAUUACUAACCACACACACACACACACACACACACACAGGACUUGCUGUUAUAAACAUAUGAAAGCUUACACAAAGAUGCACUUUUAUUUUUAAGGUCCGUUUUCUGAAAAAUAUCCUGUUAUCUAUGUAUCUAAAAGCGCAGCAGCUUUUGUAAUAUUAUUAUUAUGAUUAUAAUUAUGAUUAUAACGGUUAUUAUUUUGUUGAAUGUGAAGCUGAGUAGUAAUUCUGUGCUGGCUUUAAUACUGUAUGUGGCUUAUGUGGGAACAAACAUAUGCGUGCACAAUUUGCACAAAUACACACAAAAACACACAACUAACCUGAUCACGUUACAAAUCUACUGUUGUUGGGCUUCUUCAGAGACUUUAUUCACAAUUGUACACACACACACACAUGUGCGAUGUGUUGCAACAGAUAUACACACGCACAAACACAAACACAUCUCUCUUAACUCACUUAUGAGCCUUCAGAAUCCUUAUAAUAUCAUGCUAAUAUCAUGCAGAUCUGUGAGAGGUCACAGGGAAAUGAGAAGCUGUAAUUAGGGAUGCACCGGAUUUUUGGCAAAAUAGUGAAAAUGGCAAAUAAAACCAUUCAUGGUGUUUGGCUGAAUAAUUAAAAAGAGCAAAUAAUGCAUACAGAAUAAUGACUAAUUUAUUUUUAAUUAUAUUGCCGUGUUUCUUUUAAAGAGCCACUAAACCCUUAACCAUAUUUUUGUUUCAUUAAUAGCGGAAAUGUGUUCCUUUGAAGUAAUGAAACAUAUCAGUCCUGCUUAUAAUGUUAUCAACAUUUCCCAACCUUUAAAAAAACGCUUUUACUGUGUUCAUUUCUGCGUCUGCAUACUGAGGCACACUGCUGCUGCUGCAGCUCAGCCAAUCAGCUCUCCCUCCUGCCCUACGCCUAAACCCAUACAUCACCCAGUGCCCUGCACAAACUACUCCUCCCAUUUUUUUUAGCCUUUUUCAAAUUUGAGCUGAGAGAGGAGUCAGCAAAAAUCAGGGGGGUUAGUUUCUCUUUAGUGUUAGGAUUGAUUUAUAUGAAAUGAAAUGAAAUAAAGCGUUCAACAUCAGUUAUCACAUUUAUCUAAUAUAAGUUUAAUCAGUUUACUGCUGAAAGCUUAAGCUAACUAACUGUAGCAUUCAUUUGUUUACUAAAAGACUGGCUGCUUUUAUCUGUGUUUAAAUGUAAAUUUCAGUCAUAUGUGGCUUGAGUAGCACUGCUACUCUAGUGCAUUUGACUAAAAUUGCACUGCUUUAAGUACAUUUCUGAAUAAAAUAGCAGUACUGAGAUAGAUUUAUGACUAGAAUUGCACUGCUAAGGUAGUUAGCUAGCUAGGUUAGCUAGUUAAGUAGUAAAAUGUGUUGCUAGAACAGCACUGCUAAAGUAAAUUUAUAAUCAGAAUAGUAGCUACUGCUGAGUAAAUGUAUUAAGUAUUAUUUUUUGUCUUGUCUACAGCGAUAUUAAACAUUUUAGCAAAGUGUUUAUUAAUACAUAUUUUUCAUUGUAUUUUAGCAACUGCAGUUUCUUUUCAGUGGUGAGAAAGUGUAAAAACUAAUGAAACCUGCAAAAAACAUAUAAAAAUAUUCAGCCUUCGACCAAAUGUUUUAUUUUGUCCAGUUUUAGACAGAAAUGAUCAUUUCGGUGCAUCCCUAGUUGUGUUUGCCUAUGCAGUACAGUAGUGCGCCUGAUUAUAUCAUGCUAGCUUUCAUCCAAUCAGAGCACAACAUACAGUAGCUGAUUUAUAUCACCUGCUCUCAUGUUUCAACCCCUACAGAUCCUGGUGUCCAUUAGUUUUUAAUGCAUUGCACUGGACUGGAACACUACUUGAUAUGUGUGUCAUGUUUCAUUUUAAUGUCCAUUAUUGGAUUUUACACACCAGUGAUAUGCCACUUACUGUUGUCUAAUGACUGUCAAACUGGAUUUCUGGCUUUUGUGUUUGAUUACUGAGGCACUGUUCAAUAUGCACUGAAUACAAACCUAUUGACUUAU